CAGUAAUUACUCCGGAACCCAGAAAGUAAUUCAGUUUGUAUCCUUGUUAGGAUCUCAUCUCUCCUCUGAAUUCCUGCAUAACUUAGUUCUUGAGUACACCACUGUGGGAAUAGCAAAGCCAAAACUUAUAUUUAUUUCCAGUUAAUAUUUAUGUAUGUAAAGACUCAACUUCUAAAAUGAAACAAAUGCAGACUGGAGCAGGACUGAAUCUACUCGUCUUGUGUAUCCUGAUUAGCUGUUCGUUGAUUUAUGCGACCCCGUCCUCUUCAAGAUAUAACAUAUUUUCGCCAGGAGCUGCUUAUUCUGGUUCUGCGAGCAGACCCAGCAAUAGAAACAAGAACUGGUGUGCACAUAUAGUAUAUAAGAAUGUAAGCUGUGCUGUGCUGGAUAUACUUGGAAGUUAUAUGCAGGAAGAGUAUCAUACUAAUCUCCGCCCCACAUACAAGAUUGCGUACAAGACAGUUACAGAACUGGAAUGGAAAUGUUGUCCUGGCUUUAGAGGUGGUGACUGUAAAGAGGUCAAAGAAGGUCCACCAAAACAAACCUCCCUGGGACCAAAUACAGCUCCCAUACCAGUACAACAUGACUCAAUACCAGAAACAAAAGUGGCACCCAAGGAUAAUCAAGGAGAGAAAAUCGAGCAACUGGAGGAUGAGGUGCAGCGUCUUUCCCAGACGGUGCUUGACUUGCAGUCUGCCAUUACGGGGAUGAAUGAUAACCUAAGAGUGAACAUCCAGGAGGACACCAGCAAAAUGCUGGUGACACUGUUGAACAAUCUAAACGUGCCUGACAGUGCCCUUGGAGGGGAGACUGAAAGCAUUCACUUACCAGGCUUUGGGUAUGGCAGAGAGCAGGAUGGGAUGGAAGCGAUCAAGUCUAAGCUUAAUGAUGUUUCGGACACCUUGACAAGCAAAAGUGUCAUGCUGGAAGACCUGAAUGGGAAAGUGAAUGGCCACGAUGGGCAGUUGAGACAGCUCAUGGAGGCUGUCCGUGGUCCUCCUGCUACUGCAUCAUCUUUCGAAAUUCAUCAGGCAUACAUAGACAGCAAGUUUGACACGCUGAGAGCCGAGAUGCUCGAAGGAAUUGAGGCAAGGAUGGUCCAACUGAAGAAUUCCUGCGACCACAAAAUAUUAUCUGUGCAACAGGAGUGCGAAGAACAAGAAACCAAGUAUCUUGGAUUAACGGAGCUCUUAGAGACUAAGGAGGCUGAUCUGAGGAAAGAAGUCAGUGACCUCAGGUCUAAAAUGGAGGAAUCACAAGGGACUGAAAAGACUAAUUGCUGUAAUUCUGGUUCCCUAGUUAAAGACCAGACAAAUGACCUUGAUAGAAAGGUCCAGCGUAUUGCUGAAGCCAACAUGGCACUCAACGCAAGGUUGGACAAUGAAGUGGCGCGUUUCACAACACUUCAGCUGGAAGAUAUCUUUGCUGAGCGCCUUGAAGACCUUGAGGCUAAAAUGAAUAUCACUGAGAAGAACUCUGAAGUGCACUGCUUUUACAUAGAAGAGAAACUCAGCACACAUAUUGCAGAAGAGGUGGAUGGUCUGAGGGAAUUUCUGGAUGAGAGGCUGAAGUCUAUAGAAGACCAGUAUGGCAAUAUUCUUGAGUUAAGCAAUGGCUCUUCCAAUGGAUUAGAUAUUGACUUGGUAUCUGCAAUACAGAGUGAACUGGGAUCCAAUAAGAAACUGUUUAACAAUGAGAUUGAACGUCUAGAGGACAGGCUAAAAGGAGUGGAGAAACUCUGCUCUGCUGCAGAAUGUAAAACCAAUACGGACGAUAUGGAAAAUAUCCUAAACAACUUGCAAUUGAAAGUAGAUGAAAAUUCAUCAAAGCUCAGAACACUGGACAGCACUGUUCAGAAAGAGAUCAGGACAGUCCAUCACAACCGCCAUAACAUUGGGUCAAUUGAGAGAGAAAUCAGUUCCCUGAAGGAUAAUGUCAGUGGUUUGGAUGGUGUUGUGAAAGGCCUAGGGGACACCUUGAGUAAAUACACAGUAGAUCUAUUGCACAUUAACUCUACAUGUGGACAGAAGGAGCACAUCCUAACUGGAGAGGUUAGCAAAAUGCAGGAGGCACUGGAUAACCUGUUCUCCCAAAAUGCCUUAAAUAGUAGUGAGGUCAGCGACCUGAAGAAAAAGCUGGACCAGCUAAGAACUCAGGUUACCGAAGAUCUCAGCCAGUGCAAAGAAAGCACCCAAGGCAUCCAGAAGGAGGUCUCCAAUGUAGAUGGCAGAGUGAGCAACAUUGAGAAUGUGUGCAGCAAGCUGGAUACUAUGUCUGGCAGCCUGCAGAGGAUCAAAGAUGGCCUCAACAAACAUGUUACUAGCUUGUGGAACUGCGUUCACCAGAUCAAUGGAACCAUAAGGUCUCAUUCCAAGGACAUUGUUGGACUGAAGGAUUCUGUACAGAAAUUCCAGACUCAGGUCUCUGACAUCGCUAACAACAUUAAGGAACUAGUGCAGACCCAGGUCAUUCCAGAAAAAGGGGAUACAGGCCUCCCAACAGUGCCAAGAGCACCAGUUCGUCCCAUUACUCCCGAACUACAUGUCCUUCCCAGACAACGUGUGCCUGUCAUUUCCAGGCCACAUGUGCCAGUGACCGCUUGGCCACAUGUGCCUGUGGUUCCGAGACAGCGUGAGGUGGUGAUGGAGACUGGGGAAGCAGGCCCUCCGGGGACAGCUCUAAAAAAGGUGUCCGUUCUCCCUGAAGGCACUAAUAGAUUCAUGCCAGACUUGAAGGGGUUUGCAGGAGCACCAGGUUAUCUUCUUACUCCCACAUUUUAUAAGCCUGAUGUUAUUCCAGGCCGUCCUCCUCUUAAGCCCACGUCUUUUAAACCUAAUGUAAUUCCAGUCAGCAGCUUUGACGUAGAAGAGCCUUUCUCCUUUUCUGCGGGUCUCACUCGGAAGCCGUUCCCUGGGGACGUGGGAGUGAUCCGCUUCAACAAGGUCCUUGUGAAUGAUGGAGGCCAUUACAACCCACGCACAGGUAUCCUCACUGCCCCCUAUAGGGGUCGGUACCUGAUCAGUGCAGUUCUAGUACCAGAGCGGGAUGAACGUGUGGAAGCUAUACUGUCCGUUUCACAUGAGAGUGUUGUUCGUCUGGACACAUCUGGCUACAGAAAGGAACUGCGUGAAUACAACAAACCCAGCCUGGGGCACAAGGGAUGUGGAGGGAGCGGCACGUUCAAUGUGAUUCUUAAUCUGAAACAGGGGGAUGAAGUGAGUCUUGUAGUGACAGCAGGCAAACUGGCUUACACAGGGUCAAAUGAAAUCUUAUCCACUUAUAGUGGAGUGUUUCUGUAUCCAGGCCCCUCCCACAAAUAAGCAGAAAGCAGUGGACUAAAACUUUAGACAAAAAAAAAAAACCUAAGAAUUUUUUUCAGAGCCUUAAUAGAUUUCUAUAUAACCUAUAUGUGUGUGUCUUUCACUUUAUCACUUAAUCCUGUUUUGCCAAAACACACAGGUUGUUUACAUGUUGAAAGUUAGCCGCAGAGUUUUGUUGCCAUGCUCGUGACAAUGGAUUGUAAGCAACCCCAUAGUUUCCAAGAACUGCUGUACUGCUUAGUGUUAUGUUGUGCACUUGUUUAGUGUCGUACAUACAGUAAUCCGUCACAUAUCUGCCCUAGCCAUUUAUCCGCCAAUUCUUCAGCAACAUUAGUUUAUUACUGAACAGGGAUUAGUUCAGAGAUUGUAGAUUCUACCAAAGUUUUCGUGCACUGUGUUGCAUGUGCUCCAUGCGCUGUUCAAUUCAGUUGAUAUGUAAAUAAUCCUGUUCGCCUGUCACUCAGCAGCCAGUGCAUGCAUUCACACUGCUGAUGGAUACCCUGUCACAUGCAUUAAUACCCUGUAUCUUUCUAAAGAAGGGAUUUAGGAGAACACUCUAAUAAAAGCUGAAUCCCAAAACAAUAAUUUUGUGAAUAUAGUAAUUGUUACAGCUGUGUAUAAUGGUAUUUAAAACCGCUUCAUUCAUCCAUCUUUUGACAUAUCCGCCCUUACUCUGGUCCCACCACAGUUGGAUAUGCGACGGAUUACUGUACUGUGUUUGGAAGAGACCACGUGGCUGCAAAAGCAGCAGCUUUCUAAACUGCAGUUUUGACUGUUUCAAUCAAGUGGUUUCCAUGGCAGGGACGACUCGUGAACUGAAGCAGCAUGUAUAUAUAACUUAAACACAGACAUGUUUGUUUCUUACAUUAAAAUAUAUUUAGACUAUUCUGAUUUCAAAUAAAUGCAUAAAAGCAAGAUGUCCAUUUGUUCACUUUGUUACAAAUGUACUGUAACAUUUUUAUAUUUCAAAAGGCCAUGUUUUAUAAUUUAUUGUAAAUUAUACAUGUCACUAUUACAUUUAUUUGAAAGAAAAAAUUGUAUCCUUUCGAAUUGAAAAUCGUGUCACUGAUUGUGUGUGUGUGUGUGUGUGUAUAUAUAUAUAUAUAUA